AUGCAGACUUUUAAGCAGUUCUGUUCGAACUGGGUGACUCCGGCCCUCCAGUUCGGACAGAGACAGUACGUGAUCAACAAUCGCACGCUGAGAGAAGAGAGACAGAUUUCCGAAGAUGUCUCCUCUGGAGAGACAUUCGCCUUGAAGCGCAUUUUAUGCCAAGAAAAAGAGCGCUACCGGCUGGCCCGUGCAGAAGCGAAACUCAUGGAGUCUCUGCCUCCACAUCCGAACAUUGUCGGCUUCUUCGGCGCCGCUGUGGAGACGAUUGCGGCCACGGCCACGACGGGCUCUGCUCGCGAGGUCCUUCUGCUUCUUGAGCUUUGCGAAGGCGGUCAUUUGCUCGAUCUUCUCGACAGACAUCGCGGCUCUCUCAAAGAAGAGUGGAUCCUCCACAUCAUCAAGGAAAUCACCGCCGGUCUCGCGCAUCUUCACUCACAGCCACUGCCUGUUGCACACCGCGACCUGAAGAUCGAGAACGUGCUCUGCUGUCCGCGCGCCUCGUCCGACCGACGCGGCGACAGACAAGACAAGCGGGAAGACAAACGAGAAGACAAUCGAGACGCCGGAACCGGAGAGAGAAGCGGGGAAUCUGUGGAAGGCGCGACGCCGCUCGACUUCUGUUUCAAGCUGUGCGACUUCGGAAGCAGCCAUACACGCCAAGUCGAUACAGCGCACUGCUCUCGCGAAGAGCUCCUCAGAACAGAGGACGAGAUCGAACGCAACACCACUCUCAUGUACCGGCCUCCUGAGAUGGUGGACGUUUACCGCCGCUUCCUCAUAGGACCGCAAGUGGAUAUGUGGAUGCUCGGGUGUAUUCUUUACACGCUUUGCUUCUACCGUCACCCUUUUCAAGAAGAGUCUUCGCUUGCGAUUGCGAACGCGAACUACACAGUCCCAGACAACGAAUACAGCCAAGAGUUGGUCGAGCUCCUCCACUGGCUGCUGUCCGUCGAUCCGAAAGACCGUCCGACGUCCUCGGAGCUGUUGCGGGUGCUUGAGAGCUCGUCGUUUCGGCAAAAAAUGCAGGACAGGCGCGAGCGCGUGCGCGAGACACGGCGGAGGGAAGGCGACAAAGCCGGCGGAAAACGCCGCGCAGAGAAGAAGGAGAGGAAGCCCGCUAACGAGCGAGAAGAAAGGAGAGACAAGAAAACCGGGCGAACGAACUCCUUUGUUAAUGGGCCAGAACAGGCUUUCACCUUUUCGCCAUCCACGCCUCCAUCAGAGGACCCGUUCUUCCCCUCGAAACCCGCCGCAGACGUCUCCUCGCCUCCGCUCUCCUCCGCGUGUAAUUCUAACUCUUCUUCGUCUUCCACUUUCGCUUCUUCGCCCUUCGGAGGUGACUCUGCCUGCGCCUGGUUUCCUUCCUGGGAUGUGAGCGAAGACGCCGGAAAGGCGUGGCCGUCGGGGACUGCCUCGCGGCAGGGCGGCGAGGCGUGGAGCGAGGCGACUGUCUUCUGGAGCGGACCUGCGAACGGCGCGAAACAGGCAGAAGUUGACUUCUUCGGACAGGCCUCGGACCCGUUCGAGAAAGAAACGGAAACGCCACCCCUAGACUGGGGGCCGCACACCGUGUCGUGCCCGGAAUGGGAAGAAAAAGCAAACCUUUUCGAGACCAGCAACGACGCAGCCGAUGCCACGUCUCUCCCUGCCACGUCUGCCCGUGCGGCGCGUCAGGGUAAGGGCGAGGAGAGCGCGCUUUUCGAGGCGAGCGACGUGAGUGGAGCGGCGUGGUCGAGUGGCGACGUGGUAGAGCCCGUCCCCCGCGACGAGGGCUUUCCUCGUGGCGAUGUGUCGUCGAGACCGAACUGCCGCGAUAAAAAAGGGCGACCGGACGGCCCUCAGAAAGACGGAAAAAAGGUGUGGCCGCAGCCGGCGUUCGACGCGGCUUCCCUAGAUACGCCGCCCCGAUCUUCUCUCGGAGAUCCUUCUUUUUCGUCCAGUGGAAACGACCUGUGUCCCGCGUUUCUUCCCUCGCCUCACGCACCUGGCGGUCCUGGGUCCAUCGAUCGAUCGCCUCAGGCUCGCCCUUCGCAGGCUGUCCCUUCUUCGCCUUCCUCCGCGUUCUCUCGGCGUGUCGUGCAGGCUUCUUCUCCGUUCAACGCACGCGCCGUGUCGCUCUCUUUCCCCCAGCGGUCGCCUGCGGAGGGAGCGCUCGGACCUUCUGCGUCCGCGCUUCCGAGAUCUGCAGAGAGCGGCGAAAACGCAAGAGAAGGAUCGGCGACAAGCGAGACGCUGCAUGCGCCCUUCGAUCUUUUCGGCGACUUCCACGCCACAUCUGCGGCAGCCGCCGCCGCACACCACGCGGCCGUCCAGGCCCGAGGCAAAAGUCGACUGAAACCUGUGUAG